GCCGCCGCGCUACCCCUAGCACUACCAUUCUCUGCGUAUAAUGGGCGUAUCGUGGCGCUUGGCGGGUGCGUGCGUGGCGCUGCUACUACUGCCCGCAGCGUCCAAGGAGCUGGAACGCGACGUCGAACAGCCGCAGGCGCAGGACCCCGAUAGCUACGACGAUUACAACCCUUUCGAUGAAGACGAAAAUGCCGUUCUAGCAGCUGUAGACUUUGCUCAAUCUUCGACUACAAAUAAUCCGCGACUACCACCACCGCCUCCGACACGCCCUCCGCCAAUACACAAAUGCCUCGACAUCGGGCGAGCCUGGUCAGAGGGCGAGACCUGGAAACGUGACAACUGCACUCUCUGUCAAUGCUUUAAUGGGAGGACCAACUGUUCCAUACUACCCGCUUGUCUACAAGCAGGUGGUCCUAGACCCCCGUAUUCUACUGGAACAGCAUCACAAAGACCUGGAUCACGUGGUGUGCCUGGUGCUCAAGGGGAGGAAGGCCCUCCAGGUCCACCUGGCGCUCCUGGAGUCAAUGGCGUUUCUGGAGUUCCUGGCGUACCUGGUGUUUCUGGUCCAGUGCCUGACAUAAACGCUUACCUAGCCCAGCUGGCAGCAACAGCAGGCGGCGACAAAGGGCCUGCAUUCGAUCCAUACCAGUACUUGCAAGCGUCAGUUGGCGCUCCUGGAAUUAGAGGAUUACAAGGACCACAAGGACCACCGGGACCGCAAGGUUUCCAAGGACCAAGAGGAGAGCCCGGAGAGCCUGGUAUGCCUGGCCCGAUGGGUCCACAAGGAGAAAGAGGCCCCAUGGGGCCACCCGGAAAAGAUGGUUCACCUGGUGAAGAUGGAGAACCAGGACCAGCAGGCGCUAUAGGCCAACCAGGACCACGAGGUGCUCCAGGCGUGCCUGGUAUACAAGGUCUGAAAGGCCAUCGCGGGUUCGAUGGGAAAGAUGGUGCUAAAGGUGAACCUGGACCUCAAGGUGAAAAAGGGCCUCCGGGAUUGAUUGGACCGAUGGGGCCUCAUGGACCCAUUGGCCCAGUUGGAUCACGAGGUGAACGUGGUCGUGAAGGUUCUCCGGGACCACCUGGUAUGCGAGGAGCUGACGGCGCAGUUGGUCCGCCCGGUCCAGUGGGAAACCCUGGGAAACUAGGAUCGCCAGGAUUUCCAGGAUCUCCGGGAAUCAAGGGUGAGCAGGGACCAGUAGGACCUAAAGGCAGUCAAGGUUUACAAGGUCCUCGUGGAGAAUCAGGUCGUCCAGGACAACCAGGCGAAGUUGGAGCUCCAGGAUUGCCUGGUCGUGAUGGUACACCUGGAGAAAAAGGAGCACACGGUCAGGCUGGCGCUACUGGGCCACAAGGAUUUCCUGGACCGAGAGGAAUGCCUGGUGUAGCUGGUGAACCUGGUAUAUCGGGACCUAAAGGAACACCAGGUCAACCUGGGGAAAGGGGUUCUAAGGGAGAUGCGGGUCCUCGAGGGGAGUCGGGCGGUUCAGGACCUCGUGGAUUGCCUGGAGCAGUCGGACCCGAAGGAAAACGCGGCAAACGAGGUCUAAGAGGACCUGCUGGCAACGUCGGACCUCAAGGCGAGAGAGGACAACAGGGAAUGAGAGGUUUACCUGGUUCAGAUGGACCCAUGGGACUUAAAGGGCAACCAGGAGAAAGAGGAGCAGUGGGUUUAGCUGGAUCUAAAGGAAGCGCUGGUGAUCCUGGUCGUCCCGGUCCACAAGGUUUGCAAGGUCCUAGAGGAGGUAUUGGAAGACCUGGCAUUGCUGGGAAAACUGGACCCGCUGGCGAAAGAGGAAUUCCUGGAGCGGAUGGUAGACCUGGAGAACAAGGACCUCAGGGAUUACAAGGAGCACCAGGUCUGCCAGGAAGUCCCGGAGAGCGUGGUUUGCAAGGUGAACCUGGUAGAGACGGUGAUCCAGGUGUCGCCGGUUCUCAAGGCCCUAAAGGUGAUGCAGGCCGCGAUGGCGGUCCUGGAAUCCAAGGGCCUCAAGGUCCGCAAGGUGCUGCUGGCGAAAGAGGGCCUACUGGUCCAGCCGGGCCCACUGGAUUCCCGGGUUUGCCGGGAGCAGCCGGUUUGCCUGGAUCUCCAGGUAAAGAAGGCGAACCAGGUAUGUCAGGACCCCCAGGUUCUCCCGGGCCUCAAGGAGCGCGAGGAGAAAGAGGAUUUACUGGCGAAAGAGGAUUACCAGGUGCACCUGGAAUUGCUGGAGAAAAAGGCGACACUGGUGCGCAGGGUCCAGAUGGUCCUCCGGGUCCGGAAGGUCCACAAGGUAGUAAAGGACACCCUGGUCCAAUGGGUGCAAUGGGCUUAGCAGGACCUAGGGGUUUGACUGGAGCGGCUGGAGAGAAAGGAGAAAGAGGCACACCUGGUCCUGCUGGAAGUGACGGUGCUCCUGGUAUGGAAUGUUUACAAUUAAGUCGAAGAUGUGUUUGA